CUUUAACUCUCGCAUACUUUUCUUCCUACAAAUCCCACGAUACCACCCCACCCAGAUCGAUAAGCAAUCAACUUCCAAAACUCAAAUUUUUUCAUCUUUUCCCCAUUCAGAACGAACCAAGCAUCACCGUUGCCUCCGCCACUUGCUAAAAUCAAGAUGGGAGCAUUCGCGUCGAGGUUUUGGUUCAUGAUGUUCCCUGCAAAAGAGUAUAAGAUUUGUGUUGUCGGUUUGGAUAACGCCGGUAAAACGACGACGCUUUAUAAGCUCCACUUGGGUGAAGUUGUCACCACUCAUCCUACCGUUGGUAGCAACGUCGAAGAGCUUGUCUACAAAAACAUCCGCUUUGAGGUAUGGGAUCUUGGUGGGCAAGAAAGGCUGAGAACAUCAUGGGCAACUUAUUACAGAGGAACAAACGCUGUAAUCGUGGUUAUCGAUAGCACAGACAGAGCAAGAAUCUCUUUAAUGAAAGACGAGCUAUCCAGGUUACUUGGACAUGAGGAUCUUCAGAACUCGGUGAUACUUGUGUUUGCUAACAAACAGGAUUUGAAAGAUGCUAUGAGCCCAGCUGAGAUCACGGACGCGCUUAACCUUCAUAGUAUCAAGAACCAUGAUUGGCACAUUCAAGCGAGUUGUGCAGUCACUGGAGAAGGAUUGCAUGAUGGGCUUGGUUGGAUUGCACAGAAAGUUACUGAGAAGCCUCCAAGUUAAAGAGGAAGUGUCUGAUAAUCACAUAACUUUCACAUUUUCUUUUUAUGUUUCGUUACUUAUUUUUAUACAGUGUAUUGAUUCCACUCUUUUAUGUAAUGAGUUUCAUCUAUUUGGUUUACUUUAAUUGAAUCGUUAUGUAUUUAUCAUUAGAUAGAAACACUCUGGUUAUUUUAUCUAUGGAGUUAUUAGAUGAUCACC